AUGUUUGCUUCAAUGCACAGUCCAAGUCAAAUGACAUGGAAUCAUACAAACAAAACAAGUUCAGGCACUAUGCGGCAUCCAUCUGAUGGUGAGGCAUGGAAGCACUUUGAUCGCAUACAUACUGAUUUUGCCGCAGAACCUAGAAAUGUGAGGCUUGAAUUAUGCUCUUAUGGUUUUAAUUCAUAUGUCCAAGCGUCUAAAAGUGCAUAUUCUUGUUGCCCAAUUAUUGUAACCCCUUACAACCUCUCUCCUGAGAUAUGCAUGACAAAUCCAUACAUGUUUUUGACCUGCCUCAUUCCAGAACCGUCGAGUCCAAAAGCCAGUAUCGAUGUGUACUUACAAUCUUUAAUUGAUGAUUUAAAGAGGUUAAGGAUUGAUGAAUGGACUUAUGAUAUAUCAAGUAAACAAAGCCUUAAUAUGUGA